ACCAACAACAGACGACGCAUUCAGACACAUUUUUCUCUUCUCCGGGACGAUCCACUACUUUUCUUUUUUUUUUCAUUAUUCCGCGUAAAAAUGGCUCCGCCGCUAAAAUGGUGCGCUUUCCUCCUGCUGACGGCUCUCCUGCAAGUCGUCCCCGUGGAGUCGGAGGGAAACGGUCUCCAGAGACACAAACGAGAAUGGAUCACGGCGCCCAGGCGGCUGUUGGAGAACAACGACUACACCGGCCUGGAGUUCAUCGCAAAAAUCCGUUCGGAUAAGGAGAACUUCACCAAGAUUCGAUAUUCCCUCACAGGGCCCGGGGUGGAUCAAAAUCCGGUGGGUGUGUUUGGUGUUGACCCCAAUACCGGGUUUGUAAAAGUCUACACCAUACUGGACCGAGAGAAGGUCGCUUCUUACCACUUAAAAGGCAUCGCUAAGUACAUGGACGGCACCCGAGCUGAGAAGGAUAUCGACCUGAUAAUCACAGUGGAGGACGUGAACGACUGCCCGCCCGUUAUUCAAAUGAAUCAAGUGGGAUCCGUCAAGGAAUCGAGUGCAGCAGGUACUGUUGUCAUGAGAGUGAUCGCUACCGACGCCGACGAGGCGAACACGCUGCACUCACAGGUCCACUACAGCAUCGUGGAGCAGAGCAACGUCGGCGGGAUGUUCUCCAUCAACUCUCGAACCGGAGAAAUCAUAGUGCAACGCAACACUUUGGACCGGGAGACAAAGGACACUUACAAUCUGAUGAUUAAAGCCUCCGACUUGAACGGAGCGUCAGGCGGUAACUCGGGAACCGGGCAGGUCCAGAUCAAACUUCUGGACAUAAACGACAACAUUCCAACCCUGGAGAAAGACACGUACGUGGGCAGUGUGGAGGAGAACACCGUCAACGUGGAAGUGUUGCGGAUCCAAGCCAUCGACAAGGACAUGAUGUACACCGAAAACUGGGAGGCGGUUUAUGAAAUCGUCUCCGGAAACGAAGGCGGUUACUUCACCAUCACCACAGACUCGAAGACCAAUGAGGGGAUUAUUAUGAUUAACAAGGCUCUGGACUAUGAGGAGCUAAAGACGCUCAAUCUGGACGUGGCCGUCUCCAACAAAGCGGCGUACAGCUCCUCCGUCGUGGUCACGGGAAAAUCGUACCCCAUCACAAUCAACGUGGUCAACCAGAAGGAGGGCCCCAGAUUCCAGCCGACCGUCAAGGUGGUGACCAUCUCCGAGGACCAGUCGUCCGUCUCCAUCAACAAGGUCAUCGCCAGCUACGCCGCCAUCGACAGCGACACGCUGCAGACGGCCACCAACGUGAGGUAUGCAAAGAUCCGCGAUGAGCAGAACCUGCUGAUUAUUGAUGAGAGAACAGCAGACAUCCGGCUGACCAAAGUGCCGGACCGAGAGUCCAAGUACUUGAAGAAUGGAACGUAUUACGCCGAGAUUAUCUGCAUUUCCGACGACAAACCCUCCAAAACCGCGACGGGCACCAUCGCCAUCCAGGUGGAGGACUUCAACGAUAACUGCCCCACACUGACCGCCACCACGCAGACCAUGUGCCUGGACGACAACGUGAUCUACGUCACGGCCGUGGAUGAGGACCUGUUCCCCAACUCGUACCCGUUUGAGUUCUCUGUGGUCAGCAGCAGCAGCUCGGGGAAGUGGAUGGUGGAGCCUUUAAAUGCAACCACCGUCAUCCUUCGAGACCAAGCCAACUUGUGGCCGGGCCACUACAAAGUGAUGGUGGAGAUCAAGGACCAGCAGGGAAAAGUGUGCGCCGAGGACCAGAUCAUCGACCUGACCGUGUGCACGUGCCACGAGGUGACGAGGACGUGUUCGGCACGCAACGUGUCCACAGCCGGCCUCGGAGCCGCAGGGAUCCUCCUCCUGCUUCUGGGACUCCUGCUGCUUCUGCUCAUUCCGUGUCUGCUACUCUUCUGCCUGUGCGGAGGAACCGCCGCUAUCGGAGACUUCAAAGCGAUGCCGUUCGAGACGAAGCAACAGCUGAUUUCAUAUCACACCGAGGGACAAGGAGAGGACAAGGAUGUUCCCCUCCUCCAAGUCCCGUUGGAUGUGGAUGCCGACACGCUCAAUGCCACCAACAUCAACAACUUUGGGAGCAAAGGCUACGAGUUAGGAGCAGCGGGCGGAGGACUGGGCGGAGGAGCGGGUUUCGGCAUGAACACGUCCACUCUGGUGACUGAGAAUAUCAACAUGUACAACCAGUACAGGCGAGGCGGCGGGCUGGAGGAGAUGGAUAUGAUGCAAGGACAAGGAUAUGGCUACUCGCAUUACAGCGGCGGAGCUUUUGACGGGAUGGCGCUGUCCGAACAGUUCCUGGGGGAGUACUAUUCUAGUAAAUCGAGCCACGCAGCACAGCAGCCUCAGCAGAAGGACAGCUUCCUGGUCUACGACUAUGAGGGUCGCGAGUCUCUGGCGGGUUCUGUCAGCAGCUGCAGUCUUCUCGAAAACGACAAUGACCUCUCCUUCCUUGAUGACCUGGGGCCUAAAUUCAAAACCCUGGCUGACAUUUGUCAGGGAACCGUAGUGACCGAGACCGAGGAUGUGACGGUGUCGGUUCCUCCCAUCAGGCCUUCCACCUCGACUCACAUCCACACUCACACGGAGACAGUGAGGGACAGAGACCGACUGGGCAUCAACACUCUCAACACCUCCAACGUAGCAUCUGGAUCCUCCACCUUCAUCCAAGAGAGCUUCACCAAGCGAGCCCAGGGGUUAACCACUGUUCCCAAUGUGCAGAUCCAGGAAAAGGUUGUCAUUCCCAAUCAGACGGUUCUCAUCCAGCAGCCUGCCAUGUACUACACCGCCGCACCCAUGUACGUCGUCGAGUCUCAGCCCCAAGUCAUGCUAGUGGCCGGCGGUGCCCAGCAGGCUACGGGCCAAGUGGGGCUGACUCAGGGGCUGGUGCAAGUCGGCGGCCUCCAAGGUUCCCAAGGCGUGGUGCUGGUGGACCGGCAGACGGGACCGAUCGGGGCAGCGGGGCAGAGCGCGGCAGGCCUUUCCACGGGAACCACGUCCCGGUCCAGGCAGGUGCUGUUGGUGGAGAACGGCUCGUCGGGCAGGGAGCAUGCCGCCGCCCGAGGCUUCGCUCAGGUGGGGCGGGACUCUGUGGAUCACGGCCUGGAGGUCAAAGGUCAGGCCUUCCAGAUGCACACUUCCGGCUUUUCAAUGGGCUCGCGCGGGUCGGCGGGGUCAACUGAGGAUUUCACCAUGGCGGCCGCGCCCAAGGCGCAAGGGGCCCAGAGAGUGGUGGUGCAACGCAAGAAGGUCUCCGUGACAGAGAGAAACGUGGAGUCCACCUCCAGGGCUUAGAAGGACCCAGUUUCCAACACCAAAUAAAAAAUCCAUCUAUCCACGCAGGUAGAAUUUAAAGUGUGCUAAAACCAGGAGAGUGCAAUACUGUAUGUCCUCAUCAACAAGGUAAAACACUAAGUUCAGUUAUUUUCUUGUUAGAAUCAGACUUUUCAUCGAGUACUGAUAAACACAGUAUUACAGUUAAAUGAAUAAACCAUUCAGAGGCAUUUAAGGUGUAUUAUGUGAACAAAAGGUAUUUCCAUACACUUCUGCUCCCAAAAAUGUCCAGCCAGGUGUCAGAUUACUGCCUCACAAGCCAAACAAGCCUGACACCCCACCUAGCAUGAAUCAAUAGGACAGAUCCAAACAAGCCCAUGGUGCACCCAUGAAACAAAACAAACAAUAAAAAAAGGGAAAACUUCAUGUCCCGAUGCAUAGUACCUGGAACAAGCACAGAACAAAUUAUUUAAAAAAAAAAACCCUGUAGCUUGUCAGGAGGCUGUAAUAAAUCAGUGGCAAUAUCCCAGCCUGUCACACCAGGUAAGAAGUUCUGUUUACAUGUUUAAGAGCGGUUGCAAAUAGAAGUCAAGCAGAGAGCACUCCAGUGGGAAUGUGUGGGAAAGCAAACAACAAUUCAUAUUUUAUUUCAAAGACAAGACUUGAGAGAACUUUUCUUCUGAUCAGAGAGCGGGUGAUGGAAAUAUCUGCUGGACACCACUGGUACAGACGUUUAACUGUUUCAAGGAUGUGACCGUGUGCGAUCUUACUAACCUACACGACAUUGGAAAGAGCUGCUGUGACUGUUACAGUCAGCUGAACGAAAGCACGCUUUCAAGACCAGAUUCUUACUUUAAAUUUUUUUUUUUUUUUUUUAAUCACGCUGGGUUUGCAAGCUUUAGCCGUGCUAGAAGUUAUUUGUCUCACUGUUGAACUGCUGUACUUGAUAAUCAGGAAUUGCUUGGAGGCCUCGCCGAGUAGGGAGAAGGUCGAUGUUUGUUUUAUAUACUUUCCAACUGCUGAGCCCCGCCCUCCGCCUGCAAACCAAAGAGAAGACCAAACUCAUCCCAAAAGGAAGACGUCUGUGAUCCAAAGCAGCUCCUUAAAUGCACAUUGAGUUCUUGCACUCUGUUUUUUGGUCUUUAUGUAUAUUUCUGUAGUUCUAAAAUGUCUCAUUUCUGUACAGAAAUCCUGAUGACACCAUGACAGUCCUUUUUUUAUGUAUUGGUGUGUAUGUGUGCAUAAAGGUUAAAUCAUUAGGGUAUGUGCUAAAUAAUAAAGGGUGAGCUUGUAAAGCACUGAGAUCAAUGUGUUUUUAAGGUAGUGCACCACUGCUUUAGCAACAUGCUAAUAAAUAUGUUUUAAUUAUUUUUUUUUUAAGUUUUGUAUUUUCCGUCAUAAUAAAUCAAACACAAAGA